AUGCUUGCUGAUGAAUUAAAUCAUUAUACACCAAUGAGUCAUGUUUAUAAAGGAUGUGUAACCUCAUGUGAUGGGGAAAAAGCAUUGUUAUUCUCUGAUGAGAAAUUACUCCGAGCACUUGAAUCAUGUACCGAAAUUUAUUGUGACGGUACAUUUUCAGUUGUUCCUCGAGUACCAUCGCUUAGUCAACUUUACACUAUUCAUAUACGUUAUAUGAAUAAAAUCAUUGCAGCAGUAUUUAUUUUAUGUGAAGUUCGUACAUCAGCUCUUUAUGAAGAAAUUUGGUCGAAAAUAAUAGAACUUUUUUAUUCCUGGACUGUAAACUAA